AUGGACCAAAGGGAAAUUCUGCUGCAAAAUCUGGAAAGGACCCAAAGCAAGAAGCUCAACCAAGAAGCGUUUGUAGAGGAGUUUUUGAAGCUGAAAAGGCAGUCAACAAAAUACAGAUCGGAUAAAAUCUACCCUACAGCUGCAUCUGAGCACCCAGAGAACAUCAAGAAGAACAGAUACAAAGACAUCUUACCCUUUGACCACAGCAGAGUGGAGCUGUCCCUGAUCACAUCAGAUGCAGAUUCUCAUUACAUCAAUGCCAACUUCAUCAAGGGCGUCUAUGGGCCAAGAGCAUACAUUGCAACCCAGGGUCCUCUCUCCACUACUGUCAUUGACUUUUGGAGGAUGAUUUGGGAGUAUGAAGUCCUGAUCGUGAUCAUGGCUUGUAUGGAGUUUGAAAUGGGAAAGAAAAAAUGUGAGCGGUACUGGGCAGACCUGGGUGACUCCUCCCUGCAGUGUGGGCCCUUCUCCAUUGCCUGUGAAGCUGAAGAAAAGAAAAAUGAAUAUGUGAUCAGGACUUUAAAAGUGACCCUGAAUGAAGAAAUCCGCACCAUCCACCAAUUCCACUAUCAAAACUGGCCAGACCAUGAUGUUCCCUCUUCCAUUGACCCCAUUCUCGAGCUCAUCUGUGAGGUUCGCUGCUACCAGCCAGAUGACAGCAUUCCCAUCUGCAUCCACUGCAGUGCUGGCUGUGGGAGAACAGGAGUCAUCUGUGCAAUCGACUACACCCAGAAGCUGCUGAAGGAUGGAAUUGUUCCAGUGAACUUCAGUAUUUUUAGUCUGAUCCAGGAGAUGCGCACACAAAGGCCUUCAAUAGUGCAGACCAAGGAGCAGUACAAGCUGGUUUAUGAUGCUGUUAUUGAACUCUUCAAAAGGCAGAUUAAAGCGCUUGAUGCCCAGGAAAAUUCUGCUGCUUCACAGAUUCAAACCAGGCAUCCUGUACCCAAGCCACUUCUGACUUCAGUGGAAGAUAUUUAUUCUCUGAGUUUACUAACCUGCUCAGGGCAAGAGGACCAGAAUGUGCAUCAACAUUUUUCUCCAGUGGUACGAAACGAAGCAUCACUGGCAUUUUUGUCUGCCAAGGGAGAGCACGGCAGCUCUGGGGGUAGAGUCCCUUCCAUCAGACAGGCCAUCUCCUUUGGUACUCUGAACUUCAGCAACAGCAGGAAUGCAGCUGCUGCCGAGAUGUGGGGCACAAGGGAAGCUCUCCAAAAACACCACAGUUUGGAGUUCAGCAGCAGGUCCUCUGGGCAGCUGCUUGUGGACCUGGAGCCGCAGAGAGCAGGAGGGAAAGGGGCUCAUGGCAAAGCACCUCUGACACGGACCACAUCGACCCCCUUUGUGCUGGAGCAGCAGGGAGAAACCUGGGCUUGUGAUGGAGGGGAUGCGAAGCCCAUUUUCAGUUCUCAGUCACCAAAUGCCUGUUACUCAAGCUUCCAGGAGAAGCAGCAGGAUGGAUUUUCCCCUGAUGAGCUGAACCACUCAAGCCAAGUAGCAGAAGCCUCCCCAGGCCACAGGAACUGUGGGCAAUGUCCUUAUCGUUACUUCUGUUCGGCGGAAGACCCCUACUUCUCUUCGCUCUCACCAGAUGACCCGCUAUCCCUGGAGCUGGCAGCGGGGCAGGACACACAAGGCCCUCAUUGUGUGGUGGCCAGCUCCCCACCACCCAGGCCUGCAUCCCACCACAUUCACUACCCAAGUGCUGCGAGGACGUCCUCGCUGAACGUCCUGCCCCAGCCAGAUGAUGAUGAUCCUCCGCCCCUGCCUGAGCGAACCCCUGAGUCCUUCAUUGUGGCUAGUGAAUCGGGAGAAUUUCCUCUAGCCACUUCUGAUUUUCAGCUUCCAUCCAGAAAUAAAAAUAUUGGAACCUCUUUGGAGUGGAGUGGUGAGUCUCACUCAGAUGUGUUUAAUGACACAGUGAGACUGAGACCAUGUAAGAGUAUGAAGCUUCAGAGCUCACGAUCAGAGACAAACCGGGAUCGCUCUAACUCUCCUCCCCCGCUUCCUGAAAGAACCCCAGAGUCGUUUGUUCUUGCUGAUACAGCAAGUAUGCAGCCUGCUCCAAGAAAUUCUACUAGUUCUCUGGAUUUGAGGAACAAUGCUUCUGAAGCAUCAUCAAAAGAGCCCGUGAAAUGCUUUAGGAGAAGCAAGAGUUUGAAAAUACUGAAAAACGUGAGAAAAAGCAUCUGUAGUCCAUCUUCACUGACAAAACCAUCAGAAUCUGCCCCGUCAAACCAUCUGAGCUCUUUCCUUAAUUUUGGCUUUGCAAGUCGAUUUUCAAAACCAAAAGGACCAAGAAAUCCACCACCAGCAUGGAAUAUUUAG